UGGAGCGCCCGCGGCCGCGCUGAACUGUGCCUCGCGGGCCGUGUGAGCUGCCGCCUGCGCCCCGAGCGGAACGCGGCCAUGCCCGGGCCCUAGCGCUCUGCCGCAGCCUCUUCAAUGGGCAACCUGCUCGGCGGGGUCAGCUUCCGCGAGCCCACCACCGUGGAGGACUGCGACUCCACCUGGCAGACCGAUUCGGAGCCCGAACCCGAGCCAGAGCAGCCGGGGCCGGCAGGCGGUGGCGAAGGCCAGGAGCACGGCGAACCGGAGCAGCCCGAGCAGCCUCCCGAGAGAGCCGGAGGGCGGCCCCACUCCAGCUCCGUGCCCGAGGACAACGCCGAGGCGGCGGGCGCCGAGCAGGGUGGUGAUCCCACGGAAGCAGCUGCUAAACCAAAGAGGAGCUUCUAUGCUGCGAGGGAUUUGUACAAAUACCGGCAUCAGUACCCACAGAACUUCAAAGAUAUUCGGUAUCAAAAUGACUUGAGCAACCUUCGCUUUUAUAAGAAUAAAAUUCCAUUUAAGCCAGAUGGGGUUUACAUUGAAGAGGUCCUGAGUAAAUGGAAAGGAGACUAUGAGAAGCUGGAACACAACCACACCUACAUUCAAUGGCUUUUUCCCCUGAGAGAACAAGGCUUGAAUUUUUAUGCUAAAGAAUUAACUACAUAUGAAAUUGAGGAAUUCAAAAAAACAAAGGAAGCAAUCAGAAGAUUCUUCUUGGCUUAUAAAAUGAUGCUAGAAUUUUUUGGGAUAAAGCUGAUUGAUAAAACUGGAAAUGUUGCUCGGGCUGCAAACUGGCAAGAAAGAUUUCAGCAUCUGAAUGAGUCCCAACACAACUAUUUAAGAAUUACCCGGAUUCUGAAAAGCCUUGGUGAGCUUGGGUACGAGAGUUUUAAAUCUCCUCUCGUAAAAUUCAUUCUCCACGAGGCUCUGGUGGAGAAUACUCUUCCCAACAUCAGGCAGAGUGCUCUGGAGUAUUUCGUGUACACCAUUAGAGACAGAAGAGAGAGGAGGAAGCUCCUGCGCUUUGCCCAGAAACAUUACACACCAUCAGAGAAUUUCAUCUGGGGCCCGCCUAAGAAAGAACAGCCAGAGCGGGGCAAAGCCCAGAAGAUGCCUGCUCUGCCCGCUUCAGGUUCGAAUAGCCAAACGUCUAUGCACAAGAAAACCAAGGACUCCAAAAGUUGCUCAGUCGCUGCUCACCUAAAUAGCAAAGCUGUGGAAGAAAAAAAGGGAGCCCCUAGAGAGGCUGUGGAGGAGACAGAGAAGCUGAGCCCGGAGCCCCGCAGUGAAGAUAGCAAACCGCAAGACCCAGAGCCAGCCAGUGCUGCUGAAGAAUCAAAUCCUCCCCCCGAGGAAAGAGUUACUGAGACUGCAGGGAAAAGUGAGUGUCCAACUUCUUCUGAAAACGUUGAAGAUGGGGAAAACCAGAGCAAAGACUCGGAAAAUCCUGAAAACACCAGUUGCCACGAUGAGGUCGUGUCGCAGUGAACGUCACAAACCAGUUCCGGUUAAGAGUGUAAAAAACUCCUGUCUAAUUUACCCUGAGGUCACGUUUAAAAUGUUAGCCAUCUGUGAAUUUUGUUGUAAACCCUUUGUUCUUCUUUUUUUUUAUUUUGGAUCACAAUGAAAUUGGAUAUUUAAUAAGAAGUUUUUAAGACCAGAUCCAAUAAAAGAAUAUAUUUAGGAUGUGUUUUUUUCCAAAUUCUGUAUAUAAUAGUUACUUUAAAAGUAUUAUCAAGUCAUCUAGAACUAAUUGAGUAGCAUUUUGUAUUCAGCCUGUUCUCUUGAGAGAUUCAUGUAGAAAUCAGGACCCUCUCGUGAUGCGGUCUUACCGGACUUUUAAAUUCAUUUCGAAACUGGAAGGAUGAGUAGGUCUUCUUGAAUGUAUCCAGAAAGUCGUCUGGAUUCUUGGUUGCAGCUCCUUGGUGUUCUUAGCUUUGGGUUCUGCAGUGGCAGUUCUUCCCGCUAGUCUUCGUCAGCAUCCUCAGGAGUUUCCCAGCACACGUUAGGACCCAUGUCCAGCUGGGGAGAGGGAAAUUUUUAAUAGUCUGAUUUCAAGAUUUUUUUAAUGCUUAGAAUAAUAAAAAUAUUUUCAGUA